CUCAAAAAAUUAAUCUCCAAAAUUCUCUCUCUGCAAUUACACCUCUUCCCUUCUCCAUUUAAUGCAAUUGCACCCUCUCAAUACGCUCUGCAAUUACUCCCCUUUUCCCCUUCCUCUUCCCCUUCUUCUUCUUCCUCUUCCUCUUCUCAAUAUCAAUUCAUCUUCUUCUCUUCUUCUUCUUCUUCUUCUUCUUCUUCUUCUGUUUUUUCAUUUCUCUUUUAAAAUCUCCUUCAUAAACCCUAGACCUUCUUAACCCUUCUUUUUCCACUAACCACAACUUUGAGUCAUAUUCAUCCAUCCAAAGGCUUUAAAACAACAGAACAAAGCAAACCUAGAUCAGAUCUGAAGCCACUUUAACACUUGAUAGGAGAGAGAAAUUGAGGACUUUGGUUUGAGGGAAGAGAGAGCAUUUUAGGAUAUUGUCCGAGAUCUUCGUGGACGUUUAUGUAAAUCUCAUCUGCUUUUUCUUCUGUCGGAUUCUUGGUUUCAAUUUAUUUAUAUUACAAUCAGCAAAAAAAAAAAAAAAAAAAAAACGAAGGAAACUUGGUGUUCAAAAUAUGCCUGCCGGAGUUAUGACACCGGCCAGAAACAUGGCGUCGAUGGUCGGAAGAAAUGGGAAUAAUAAUGUUGCUGGAUUUGCCUCUCCUUUUUCUCAGAUUGAAAAACCAUAAGCUCUUCUGCCUCUCUCCUCUACUUCGGAAUCUUAAAGAUCUGUAGAAAAAUGUUCCAGCCAAGCAUGAUGGACACUCAUCUCCUCCCCUUAGACAUCCCUCAAAACACUUCCGAAAGCGAUCUUGCUCGAAUCCGAGACGACGACUUCGAUAGCGCCACAAAAUCAGGCAGUGACAACAACCAUGACCUCGUCUCCGGUGACGACCAAGAUCCUCGUCCUAAAAAGAAGCGAUACCAUCGUCAUACUCAACAUCAGAUCCAAGAAAUGGAAGCGUUCUUUAAGGAGUGUCCUCACCCUGAUGACAAACAAAGGAAAGAAUUAAGCAGGGAAUUAGGGUUAGAGCCGUUACAAGUCAAAUUUUGGUUCCAAAAUAAACGCACUCAAAUGAAGAAUCAACACGAGCGGCAUGAGAAUACUCAACUUCGAACAGAAAACGAGAAGCUUAGAGCUGAUAACAUGAGAUACAGAGAAGCCCUAAGCAAUGCCUCAUGCCCUAACUGCGGUGGUCCUACUGCCAUUGGUGAAAUGUCUUUUGAUGAACAUCAUCUUAGACUCGAAAAUGCUCGUCUUCGUGAAGAGAUCGAUCGCAUUUCAGCAAUAGCUGCAAAAUACGUAGGGAAGCCAGUUGUGAACUACCCUCUACUUUCUCCACCUCCAUCUCGCCCAUUAGAGCUAGGAAUGGGCAACUUCGGACCACAACCAGGCCUUGGAGGAGGAGACAUCUACGGCUCGGCCAGUGACUUAAUCCGAUCCAUCAGUGCCCCAACCGAGGCCGAUAAGCCGAUGAUCAUCGAGCUAGCGGUUGCAGCCAUGGAAGAGCUAACUAGAAUGGCUCAAAUGGGGGAGCCAUUAUGGAUGACUACCCUGGAUGGCUCCACCCAUGUGCUCAAUGAAGAUGAGUAUUUGAGAACGUUUCCUAGAGGCAUUGGUCCUAAGCCUUCUGGGUUUAAAUGUGAAGCCUCUCGUGAAUCUGCUGUUGUCAUCAUGAACCACAUUAACCUUGUUGAGAUUCUCAUGGACGUGAACCAAUGGUCGACUUUAUUUUCUGGGAUUGUGUCUAGAGCUAUGACACUCGAAGUAUUAUCAACCGGAGUUGCUGGAAAUUAUAAUGGAGCUUUGCAAGUGAUGACGUCGGAGUUUCAAGUUCCAUCGCCACUAGUUCCGACCCGUGAAAGCUAUUUUGUUAGAUAUUGUAAGCAGCAUGGGGACGGGACAUGGGCGGUGGUGGAUGUUUCGUUGGAUGAUCUACGUCCUACCCCUGGAGUUCGAUGUAGACGAAGACCUUCGGGCUGUUUGAUCCAAGAAAUGCCAAAUGGUUAUUCAAAGGUUACAUGGGUUGAACAUGUAGAGGUGGAUGAUAGAGGAGUUCAUAAUCUUUACAAGCAAUUAGUGAGCUCUGGCCAAGCAUUUGGGGCCAAACGUUGGGUUACAACUUUAGAUCGCCAAUGUGAACGACUUGCUAGUGCCAUGGCCACUAAUAUCCCAACUGGUGAUGUUGGAGUGAUAACAAAUCAAGAAGGGAGAAAGAGCAUGUUGAAGCUAGCUGAGAGAAUGGUGAUAAGCUUUUGUGCUGGAGUGAGUGCCUCCACAACUCACACAUGGACUACUCUGUCGGGUACGGGUGCGGACGACGUUCGAGUCAUGACUCGAAAGAGCAUCGACGACCCAGGAAGACCUCAUGGUAUUGUCCUCAGUGCCGCAACUUCCUUUUGGCUCCCUGUUCCACCAAAGAGAAUCUUUGAUUUCCUUCGAGAUGAAAACUCUCGCAGUGAGUGGGACAUUCUUUCCAACGGCGGAGUAGUUCAAGAAAUGGCCCACAUCGCUAACGGCCGCGACACUGGCAACUGUGUUUCUCUCCUCCGAGUAAACAGCGCAAAUUCAAGCCAAAGCAACAUGCUAAUCCUGCAAGAAAGCUGCACGGACCCAACAGCCUCAUUCGUGAUCUACGCUCCAGUUGACAUAGUAUCAAUGAACCUCGUCCUGAACGGCGGAGAUCCAGACUACGUGGCACUUCUCCCCUCAGGGUUUGCCAUUCUCCCGGACGGCGGCGGCGGAGAGGGCGUUUCGGGUGGUUCGUUGUUGACGGUUGCAUUUCAAAUACUGGUGGAUUCGGUGCCAACGGCAAAACUGUCACUUGGGUCAGUCGCAACGGUAAACAAUCUGAUAGCUUGUACGGUUGAGAGGAUAAAAGCGUCAUUAUCAUGUGAGACUGCAUAACCCAAAAGGAAAAAAACAGGAAUUUUUUUUUGUGGGGUUUAGUUUUAGGGUUUAUAUUAGAAGUAGUGAUAUGAAAAUGAGGGAAAUUUUUGGCUGAUACAAAGUCUGUCUUUGAGGAGAAAGUCAAGAGCGCACCCUGAAACCAAAAAACAAAAAAAGCAAAACAAAAAAACAAGAACAAGACAUAAGGGUUCGGGCAUUGACUUCCUUGAACAGAGUAAAAGCUGAAACAACAAAUGAUGAAGAAGAAGGGAAGGGACUAUGAUCAUCAGAAAAACCUUUGUAUUUUAUUUGCAUAUUAUCGUUUAUUACCUACUUAUUAUAUCAUUCACUUUCUUUUUGUUUUUUUGGCUGUUAUUUUGUGGAUGACUAUUAUGGAUUUUCUAUGACA